GCAGCUUGCCUGGACAGUCCACGGCAAGCGCGACCACCCGGGGCUCGGAAGCUGCAGGCCGCGACCAGGCUGAGCCGUUGGCCUGCCUCCCAAGCCUCCUCGCCGCCACGCCACCCUCCCGAGUGUUCCUUUCCAGAAUGUUGCUGCGGGGCAGCCAGGCGCUCCGGCGUUUCUCCACCAGCCGGGUUUAUUUCAAAAACAAGCUGAAGUUGGCCCUAAUUGGUCAGAGCCUCUUUGGACAAGAAGUCUACAGCCGCCUCUGCAAAGAGGGCCAUCGAGUGGUGGGGGUGUUCACAGUUCCGGACAAGGAUGGCAAGGCUGACCCCCUGGCUUUGGCUGCAGAGAAAAAUGGGACUCCUGUGUUCAAGUUCCCUAGAUGGAGAAUCAAGGGCAAGACCAUAAAGGAGGUGGCAGAGGCCUACAGAUCUGUGGGUGCCGAGCUAAACGUGCUUCCUUUCUGCACGCAGUUCAUCCCCAUGGAUGUCAUUGACCGCCCAAAGCACGGCUCCAUCAUCUAUCACCCGUCCAUCCUCCCCAGGCACAGAGGGGCCUCUGCUAUCAACUGGACUCUAAUUAUGGGAGAUAAGAAAGCUGGGUUUUCUGUGUUCUGGGCUGAUGAUGGUUUAGACACUGGAUCCAUCCUUCUUCAGAGGUCAUGUGAUGUCGACCCCAAUGAUACAGUGGACACACUUUAUAAUCGAUUUCUUUUUCCUGAGGGAAUCAAGGCCAUGGUGGAAGCUGUUCAACUCAUAGCCGAUGGAAAAGCUCCUCGGAUUCCCCAGCCAGAAGAGGGGGCAACAUAUGAAGGUAUCCAGAAAAAGGAAAAUGCUGAGAUUCCUUGGGAUCAGUCUGCUGAAGUUUUACAUAACUGGAUCCGAGGCCAUGAUAAAGUCCCCGGAGCCUGGGCAGAGAUCAAUGGACAGGUGGUCACGUUCUAUGGCUCGUCACUACUGCAUAGCUCUGUGCCUCCUGGGGAACCGCUGGAAAUUAAAGGUGCCAAGAAGCCUGGUGUUGUUACCAAAAACGGACUUGUGCUUUUUGGUAACGAUGGAAAAGCAUUGAUGGUGAGAAAUCUGCAGUUUGAGGAUGGAAGGAUGAUCCCUGCCUCUCAGUACUUCUCGGCAGGUGAGACAUCGGUGGUCGAACUCACAGCCGAAGAGGUGAAGGUGGCGGAGACCAUCAAGGUCAUCUGGGCUGGAAUUUUAAGCAACGUCCCUGUUAUUGAAGACUCAACAGACUUCUUCAAAUCCGGAGCGAGCUCCAUGGACGUUGUCAGGCUGGUUGAAGAGAUCAGACAGAAGUGUGGUGGGCUUCAGUUACAGAAUGAAGAUGUCUAUAUGGCCACCAAGUUUGCGGACUUCAUCCAAAAAGUCGUGAGGAAACUGAGAGGAGAAGAUCAGGAAGCAGAGCUAGUGGUGGAUUAUGUUUCAAAGGAGGUCAACGAAAUGACAGUAAAAAUGCCCUAUCAGUGUUUCAUAAACGGACAGUUCACAGAUGCUGAGGAUGGAAAGACUUAUGACACUAUCAACCCAACAGACGGCUCUACAAUAUGCAAAGUAUCCUAUGCGUCUCUGGUGGAUGUUGAUAAAGCGGUAGCAGCAGCCAAAGAUGCCUUUGAGAAUGGGGAGUGGGGAAGAAUGAACGCGCGAGAAAGAGGAAGGUUGAUGUACAGACUUGCAGACCUGCUGGAAGAGAACCAAGAAGAGCUGGCAACCAUUGAAGCCCUCGAUUCAGGCGCCGUCUACACCUUGGCUCUGAAGACUCACAUUGGAAUGUCUGUGCAAACAUUCAGGUAUUUUGCUGGCUGGUGCGACAAAAUCCAGGGUUCUACAAUUCCCAUCAACCAGGCCCGUCCAAAUCGCAAUCUGACCUUCACCAAGAAGGAACCACUUGGUGUCUGUGCCAUUAUCAUCCCCUGGAACUACCCACUGAUGAUGCUGGCUUGGAAGAGCGCUGCCUGUUUGGCAGCAGGCAACACCUUAGUGCUCAAGCCAGCGCAGGUCACGCCCUUGAGUGCUUUGAAGUUCGCAGAGCUCUCUGUUAAAGCAGGUUUUCCAAAGGGGGUAAUCAACAUCAUCCCAGGCUCAGGAGGCGUGGCCGGACAACGCCUUUCUGAACACCCCGAUGUCCGCAAACUUGGCUUCACUGGUUCCACUCCUAUAGGCAAACAGAUCAUGAAGAGUUGUGCUGUGAGCAACUUGAAGAAAGUUUCCCUUGAACUUGGUGGCAAAUCCCCGCUUAUAAUAUUCAAUGACUGUGAACUUGACAAAGCUGUGCGAAUGGGCAUGGGAGCUGUGUUUUUCAACAAAGGAGAGAACUGCAUUGCGGCAGGGCGGCUGUUUGUGGAAGAAUCCAUCCACGAUGAAUUCGUGACCAGAGUGGUGGAGGAAAUUAAAAAGAUGAAAAUUGGUGACCCGCUUGAUAGAUCUACUGACCACGGGCCCCAAAACCAUAAGGCCCAUCUGGAGAAGCUUCUGCAGUACUGUGAAGCGGGAGUGAAGGAGGGCGCCACCCUGGUGUACGGGGGACGGCAAGUUCCGAGGCCAGGCUUUUUUAUGGCACCGACUGUCUUCACAGAUGUGGAAGACCACAUGUACCUUGCCAAAGAAGAAUCCUUUGGGCCUAUUAUGGUCAUUUCUAAAUUCCAAAAUGGGGACAUCGAUGGAGUGUUGCAGCGAGCAAAUAAUACAGAGUACGGUUUGGCCUCGGGGGUGUUCACAAGAGACAUAAAUAAAGCUAUGUACGUGAGUGAAAAACUGGAGGCAGGAACCGUGUUUAUUAACACGUACAACAAGACGGACGUGGCAGCCCCGUUCGGCGGCGUGAAACAGUCCGGCUUCGGAAAGGACUUAGGUGAGGAGGCGCUAAACGAAUACCUCAAAACCAAGACGGUGACGCUGGAAUAUUAGAGCAUUGCCAGGAUCAGGUGCGACAGCAUGGCAGACAGCGCGAUGCCUAAUUCUCCACCCACGUGAGAAGCCCGGGUGUGCGGAAGAAGGAUGUCUCAGCCACGAGCCAGAGAUUAUACACAGGGACCGUGGGGACAGGCCACAUGUCUAAGCACAUACACAUGUGCCUGAGCCAUGCACCGUCUGUACCUUAAAACAACCUCCUCUUGUCGGUUUUUGUCUAUGUCGUACAUCACACAUACUUCUACAAUGCCGAGCCGGCUCCCCCCCUCCCAAAACUAAUCCGGUCACGGCUGUUCAUCUUGAAAAUGUCAAUAUCAUGCAGUUAUAGUCCCAGAGUACACUUUUUAGAAACUUAUACAGGUUUUAACCUCUAAACCAUACAUUUGGGUUAUUGGAAAGAUUUUCUAGAAUUUUGCCUUUGAGCAAUAGUAUUUGCUGUAAGGAAUGUAAAAGAAGUUCCUUCUUCCUGUUUGGAAAUAAGAUAUAUCUUUGUGCCUUUGAUGUUCUAUUUUUCAGCCCACUGUGAGGGCGACCGACCCACAAACCGUUCUUGAAUACUUGCUUGGUACGAGGGGACAUGUUUUCUCCUGAGGAGUAUUUGAAAUUUAACCACAUGAGCUCCAGUCCCAAACAGUUUAUAUUCCAGUCAGAGCAACUGACUUCUAUUACUCCUCAUUUUAUUAUUUUUUAAUUAUUUUCUUCCCAUCCCAGCCCCCCCAACCCCCUGCCCCCAGAUUAUUCCUCAUUUUAAAGUAAAAAUGUCUACAAUGUCAUUGGCCUUGAAGAAGCCUGGGAAUAGCUGUCACUUUGAAGACUCAGCAGCUCACAAUCAGGGGACCGUAGGAAAUCAAUAAUCAAUAAGCAACGACAACAAAAUCACAAGCAGAAAAUACGCAAAAGGAAGGGUGCCAGGUGACCCUGGCGUGGUCAAACAGAGUGAACUUGUCUGCAAGCAUUUCCAUUACAUCACAGCUCGUUUACCAUCAACGGCACUCGGCACGGCGGCGAUUCUCAGUUGGAAUGAACAUGCUCUGGGUUCACAUUUGAAUAAAGUGACAAAGGCCUUAUUAUAAAGGGACCACUUUUAAACGCAGUGUUUGAACUGAUGUCAUGUGAUUUAAAAUAUCACUUAACCAAAUAUUUUAAUGAUAGACGAAAUGGCAAACAAAAGCAUGCCCCUUCUAGACUAAUCCUACCUUCCAAUGUUCAUCUCCGUUGGAAUGUUUUUAAUCUUCAGGCCAUGAACCUCUUUGAGAAUCUGAUAAAAAUGGAACCCCUCUGUUCCAGUUCUCCUCCCCGAAUUCAUUGCACACAAUCCUGCAAACAGCUUCAUGGGGUUCACGGACCUCCUGAAACCCACGUUUGGGCCUCGGAUGAAAAACUCCUUUUUCCACAGUAAUUUCUAAAGUUCUUACCAGCUGGAGUUUUGAAAUCAAACUGGAUCAGAAUCAAAGGCUUCAUGGAAUUCAUAAAAUUACCACUAAAUUUCAUUUGGAACCUAAUGAUCCACAGCCUACCAGGUGAUUUAAUUAACACACCAAGUGAUUUAAUUAUCACUGUUCCUUCAGAUCACAGGCUGUUUUGCUGGAGGGUAAAUCUGCUCCUUACUGAACUGGGGAGGUGUGGCCUCCUCAGCAGUCUGACAUUCCUUUUAAUUCCAUCUCCCCUCACCUCUGCCUCAGCUCCCCCCUUUGGCUCACACACCCUCCCUGACCUUUCUACCCCCAACGUGAUCCAAGUGUCUCUCCUCUGUGCUCCAACCUGUCUGGAGCAUAGAGUUUACCACUUGGUGCUAAAGUUAUUUGCCUUCCUAACCGGAUAGGAGCACCCAGUCCUCACUCCGGGAUCAGCAUUCUGUCAGUAAUAACAACCAUGGUCGUUUACGAUGGCCUCCUGUGUGCUAAACCAAUGUUCUUAAAUGUUAUGUCAUUUACUAUGCGCGACAUCUGGAAAAAUGAAUAAACAGGUGCUUGUCUUACUACUUCCACUUCUGCCAAGCCAUUAUUGUCUCUUAUCUCACUUAUUGCUGGUCUCCCAACUAAUCUUCCUGAUUCCUCCCUGUGGUUCUGCUCAAAGCUCCAGUCAGGGGGUGCCACGCUUUUGCUUUAAACCUUCUGAUGGCCUCCAUUCUGCUUAGAAUGAAGGCCAGUGUACUUCCCGUGACCUGUGAAGUCUUACUGGUCUGGCUCCCAGCUCCCUCUGACCUGUCUCCUCUUCC